AUGCGCCAACGAGCUUGGGCGACGUCGCUCGCCGCCGUGCUGGGCCUGGCCUCGACAUGCACAGCUCAUAAGACAUUUGCAAACUACUCCAUCGCUGAAUCGCCCCAGUCGCUCUUUUCGAUAUACGGUGACCGACCAGACGGAUGCCCGCCAUGCUUCAACUGCAACCUCGAGGACUUCAAGUGCAAGCAGUUUGCCGACUGCAGCAAGGCAAAUGGACGGUGUAGCUGUGGGCCAGGGUUUGGUGGUGAGGACUGUUCAGAACCGCUGUGCGGUGCCCUUCCAGAUGGAAAGGAUCGCUCCCCCAGGGGAGGCGCAAAAGAGUGCGAGUGUUCCGAGGGCUGGUCAGGCAUCAACUGCAAUGUCUGUCAAACCAACGAUGCUUGCAACGCCAUGAUGCCAGAUGGUGAGGGUGGCGUGUGUUACAAGGACGGUCAAUUGGUCAAGGAGAACUUCCAGAUCUGCGACAUUACAAACAGGAAGAUUCUCGACACUCUCAAAGACAAGAAGCCGCAGGCGACCUUUUCUUGCAAUGCUGAGAGCGAAGAGUGCAACUUUCAGUUCUGGGUCGAUCAAAGGGAAUCCUUCUACUGCGCCCUCGACACGUGCUCCUCCCACUUCACUGCCGAGUCCGACCGCAACGUUACGAAAUACCGAUGCGAGAACAUAAAGUGCGAAUGUGUCCCUGACAGGAUGCUGUGUGGAGAAGAUGGGUCUGUCGAUAUUGGAGACUUCCUCAAGGAGUCCAUCAAGGGUCCUGCCGAGUUCAGAGGCAUUUCGGCUACCAACAAAAAGGAGAGUGGAAGCAUCUUCUCCGAGCCUGCCAUGAACGACCUGAUCUCUAGCAUCUUUGGUGAUGAAAGCAUCUUCCUGCAGUGCGACACUGGCGAGUGCUUGUACCAUACCGAGGUACCUGGCUACGAAAGGCCCAUCAAGAAGAUCAACACACCUUUGAUUGCAGGCGUCAUUGCUGGCUGUGCGCUAUUCAUUGUAGCAGUCAUCCUUGCUGUGUGGUACCUCACUCAUCGUGCUGAAAGCAGGCGAUACGGACCCAUCCAUCUUUCUGAUGACGAGGAGGAUGAGGACGCGAAACUGCUCGCAGACCACAAACCAGCCGCUUUCUUGUUUGAAAAUGUUGCAUACAACCUUAAUGGAAAGCAGAUCCUCUCCGGCAUCUCAGGCGCAGUGCAUCCUGGUGAGCUUCUGGCUAUCAUGGGAGCUUCCGGUGCUGGUAAAACGACCUUUUUGGACAUAUUGGCCCGCAAGAAGAAGAUUGGAGUUGAUAGCGGCGACUUUUACGUCAAUGGAGAAAAGGUACGCGAUGACGAGUUCAGGAGUGUUAUCGGAUUCGUCGACCAGGAGGAUACCCUCCUACCCACCUUGACUGUCCAUGAGACUAUUCUCGAUUCGGCCUUGCUACGUCUACCCAAGGAGAUGAGCCGCAGCUCAAAGGAACAAAAAGUUGAAGAUGUUGAACGUCAACUCGGCAUCUACCACAUUCGCCACCAAAAGAUCGGUUCCGAAGAAAGCGGCCGUGGUAUUUCUGGCGGUGAGAAGCGUCGUGUGGGUAUCGCCUGUGAGCUUGUUACAUCACCUAGCAUCCUCUUCCUCGAUGAGCCAACCAGCGGACUGGACGCCUACAACGCUUUCAACGUCGUUGAAUGUCUGGUCAAUCUCGUCAAGAACUACAACCGUACCGUCGUCUUCACCAUCCAUCAGCCGCGCUCCAACAUCGUAGCCCUCUUCGACCAGCUCAUUCUUCUCGCCAAGGGUAGGACUGUUUACUCCGGGCCUUUCGACAGCUGUCAGGCAUACUUCGACGAGCUUGGUUACACCUGCCCACCUGGUUUCAACAUUGCAGAUUACAUUGUGGAUCUUACCAUGCACGCAAGCACAGCACGCCAACCUAUUGAUGAGGACAGCUCGCUCUUCAACCGCGAUCUGAACCGUGAUCUCAACCGAGACGGGCUUACCACGAGCGCAAGCAGUGCAAUCGCCGUUAAAUCUAUCCCUAGCAUCAACACCUCGGAGCUCGAACGCGACAUUGCCGGCAGUCCUAGCAAUUCCAGCAUACUUCGACCAAAGGGCAAGAGGAGGACCUCUAUCAAGCAGCAACAAGAACGCGAGCUAUUUACAAGAAAGAAGAAUGCUCCUGUUAACGACGGUUCCAUGUCACCCAAAACCGACGAAGAGCCGUAUGACCGUCGCGGUGCUAUCAAAGCUCAGUGGCUCAAGCUUACUCGUCAACAAGGUGGUGUGCCUCCUCAAAUCCUCGAAGACCCCGAUGAGCUUCCUCCGCCUGCCAACGGCGCAACUGGAACUAACCUCGACCUUCUCAUUAACGCCUACAUCUCUUCCGACAUCUCGGCCCGCAUUCGCGAAGACAUUGCCAGCUCGGUUGCAAGCGCAAACCACGCAAACGGCCACAACGGAAACCAGGAGCUAAACGGUUUCGUAGCAGCCGGCAAACUCAAGGGAUUCCGAAAGGUCGGUCUCUUGGGCCAAUUCAAGAUUCUAUCCCUCCGUACCUGGCGCAACCUCUACCGUAACCCAAUGCUCAUGCUAACCCACUACGCCAUCGCCAUCGUCCUUGCCGUCUUCCUCGGCUUCCUCUUCUACGGCCUCACCGACGACAUCAAAGGGUUCCAAAACCGCCUCGGUCUCUUCCUCUUUGUCCUGUCUCUCUUCGGCUUCAGCAGUCUAACCAUCCUCACCGUCUUCGCCCCGGAACGUCUCCUCUUCACUCGCGAACGCGCAAAGGGAUAUUACUCGCCUCCCGCCUACUUUGCCGCUAAAGUCAUCUUCGACAUCAUCCCCCUGCGUCUCCUGCCCCCGAUCAUCCUCGGUAUCAUUGUGUACCCCAUGACGGGUCUUAUUCCAGCGUGGCCAAACUUUUUGAAAUUUACUCUCUUCCUGGUGCUUUUUAACCUUGCCGCCGCGGCUAUUUUCCUCUUCAUCGGCAUUGUGUUCCGCAACUCUGGGGUUGCGAAUCUCAUCGGUGUCCUGGUUAUGUUAUUUAGUUUACUCUUUUCCGGCUUCUUCUUGAACAAGGAGAGUAUUCCGGGCGUCGCGAAGUGGUUGCAAUCGCUCUCAAUCUUCCAUUACGCCUUUGAAGGCCUCAUUGUAAACGAAGUCAAAUAUCUCAGCCUCAUCGACCAUAAAUACGGCCUUGAUAUCGAAGUCCCUGGCUCGGCUAUCCUGAGCUCUUUUGGCUUUGAUACUCAGGCCCUUUGGGGCGAUUGUAUUGGCUUGGGCGUUUUCGGCGCCGCGUUUGUCGUCUUGGCGUAUGCGGCUAUGCAUUUGUUGCUUGUGGAGAAGAGGUAA